CAGCCCCGCGGGGAGGCUCCGGGCCUGGCGGCGGGGGGCGCGCCGCCCCCCCCCCUUCCCGCCCCCGCCCGGGGCCUGCGGCGGGGGCGCCGGAUAAAGCGGUGCCGGCCCGUCCGCCUGCCGCCACAGGGGGCGGCCGGGACGGGCCCAGCGGGGGCGCCCCGCCAUGGCGAGCCCCGCACGGCCGCGGCAGGAGCUGGCGGCGGCGGCGGCGGAGGAGCGGCGGCUCCGCGGCGCGGCCCCGACGCUGCCCCGCGACGCCAAGCGGGAGGCGGCGGGGGAGCGGCCGGUGCCGCUGGAGCUGCGGCGCGGCGGGCGGCCGCCGUCCCCCGGCGCCGGCGAGCGGCGGGAGGAGGGGGAGGAGGAGGAAGAGGAGGAGGCGGCGGCGGCGGCGGCGGCGGGCGAAGACUGUUGCGGCAAGUGCAAGAAGCGGGUGCAGUUCGCCGACUCGCUGGGGCUGAGCCUGGCCAGCGUCAAGCACUUCAGCGACGCCGAGGAGCCGCGAGUGCCGCCCGCCGCCCUGUCCCGCCUGCAGAGCCCGCCCGCCGAGGAGCGGGACCCGCCGCCGGCCGGCGGGGACCCCCCGCCGCCCGCCCUGCGCCUGGUGCCCGACUUCCCCGACGGCGGGGAGCCCGGCGCCGAGCGGCUGCGGCGGCAGCGCGUCUGCCUGGAGCGGCUGGGGCGGCCGCCGGCGCCCGCCGACGUGCGGGGCACGGUGCGAGUGCUGGGCUGCCCCGGCCCCAAGGAGGUGACGGUGCGCUACACCUUCAACGAGUGGCUCUCCUUCGUGGACGUCCCGGCCGCCCCGCUGCCCCCGGCGCCGGCCGCCGCCGGCGAGCCGCCGGCCGAGCGCUUCGGCUUCGCCCUGUGCGUCCCGCCGAGCCUGCGGGAGGGCUCGGCCCUCCACUUCGCCAUCCGCUACCGCAGCCCGCAGGGCGAGUACUGGGACAACAACGGCGGCCGCAACUACACGCUGCGGUGCUGCGGCUGCCCCGGGGGGAGCUGCCGCUACUGACGGCGGCCGGGCGCGGGGAGCCCCGGGCGGGAGCCCCGAGGGGGACGAGCCCCGAGGACGACGGGCCCCGAGCGGGACGAGCCCCGAGAAGAACGAGCCCCGAGGACGACGAGCCCCGAGGAGCCGGGCGGGCAGGGGGAGGCGGCCGCAGCCCCCCAGCCCGAGGCCCGUCCCCGCAGGGCGACAGCCAGCGCGCCGAGGGGCCCGGCCCAGAGACUACCCGAAAUCUGGUGGUUUUGAAGCCGGCGCUUCGGUUUUGCCGGCGAAACACGGAUGUGCGUGCGUAGGCUCGCAUUGCUGUGGCUUGCGGAAUCGUUUUCCUUUUUUUUUUUUUUUUUUUUUUUUUUUUUGUGUUUUCGUUUUUGGGAGAGAGCAAGGAGACUGCGUAGCGUGGGUUUUGCUGUUCCUCUCUUGAAGUGAAUUAUUUUGGAGGUCUUGGUUUGGGCUUGACUUCACCUACCGCAUUAGUGCGAGAGGCACGGAGAACUUGUGUGAAAACUUGGUGGCGUGUUCGCUACAGAUUUAACUUGCCAUCCCAUCCCUGUUUUCCCGUUCUCACAUCCAUUUCAAAGACAUAGUACUGCAACAGCAA